AUGCCGCGGCGGCAGCGGGCCCCGGCGGCGCGGCGGCGCUGGGCGCUGCUGCUCGGGCCGCUGGCGCUGCUCGCCGCCGCCCUGGCGCUGCGCGGCACCGCGCGCCCCGACCCCGCCGGCCGCUCCCGCCUCUACCGGGCGCUGGAGCUCCCCCCCAGCCGCAGCAUCAACUGCUCGGGGGUCGUCCGCGGGGACCACAAGGCCAUCGAAGAGGCGCAGCUCAACAACCUGGAAGUGAAGAAUAGAAGGGCUUCGCUGACGCCCGGCGAGUACCUGAACAUUACGAGGGACUGCAGAGCCUUCAAGGAGACCCGGCGCUACAUCGAGUUCCCGCUCAGCCAGGAGGAGGAGGAGUUCCCCAUCGCCUACUCCAUUAUCAUUCACCACAAAAUCGACAUGUUUGAGCGGCUCCUGCGAUCCAUCUACGCUCCCCAGAAUGUUUACUGUGUCCAUGUAGACAGCAAAUCCCCGGCCGCCUUCCAGAAGGCCGUGCGGGCCAUUGCUGCCUGCUUCCCCAACGUCUUCGUGGCCAGCCGCCUGGAAAGCGUGGUCUAUGCCACCUGGUCCCGGCUGCAGGCCGACCUCAACUGCAUGCAGGACCUCCUGCAGAGCCCCGUGCCAUGGCGCUACCUGAUCAACACCUGCGGCACCGACUUCCCCAUCAAGACCAACGCCGAGAUAGUCCGGGUGCUGCAGGUGCUGCAGGGCCACAACACCGUGGAGUCGGAGAGGCCCUCGGCCGCCAAGCAGCAGCGCUGGGAGUACCACCACGAGGUGGGCGAGACCAUCUCUCGCACUGCCCAGAAGAAACUGCCCCCGCCCCACAGCUACCCCAUGUUCACGGGCAGCGCGUACAACGCCGUCACACGGGACUUCGUGCAGUAUGUCUUCGAGAACCCCACAGCACGGAAGUUCCUCGAGUGGUCCAAGGACAGCUACAGCCCUGACGAGUACGUCUGGGCCACCCUGAACCGCAUGCCGGGCGUGCCGGGGGGCACUCCCCUCAGCGACAAGUUCCAGCUCUCGGACAUGAACGCCCUUCCCCGCCUGGUCAAGUGGGAGUACCUGGAGGGUGAUAUCACCAAGGGCGCGCCCUACCCGCCCUGCACCGGCCGCCACCAGCGCUCCAUCUGCAUCUACGGGGUGGGCGACGUGCCCUGGAUGCUGCAGCAGCACCAUCUCUUGGCCAACAAGUUCGACCCCGAGGUGGACGAUGCGGCCAUCCAGUGUCUGGAGGAGUACCUGCGCCACAAGGCCCUGUACGGCCGGGGGCUCUGA